AUGACAGAUCGAAGCCGCCGUGUGCGACGUCAGAUCAGCGAUGCCACAGAUGAAUUUUCAGAAGAGUCAGACCUAGGCAGUGGUGAAGAUUACGAUCCCCGAAGAUCCGACUCGAUGCGACGAGCAGGCCGAUAUGAAUCUUCAGCAACCUCGACUCCGGCCUCCUCGAGGUCCCGCCGUGCCGGGAUGUCGGCCGCCGCGAAUAGCUCUUCGUCUGCCACGGUCCAACGAGGAUCCGGCUCCGCCGAUGAACGACGACAAAGCCUCAAAUUGACCGUUAAGGCCCCUCCAAGCAAAUUGCGAGAGGUCAUGCGCGCCAAUGAAGUUGAGGCUCUUCACGAUCAUCUUGGCGGAGGACAAGUCUUGGAUGCACCACGAAGCAGCCGCCGCACUGCACUGGCAUCAAGAUCGAGCACUCGCAGAAACCAGAGACCGACAUAUGCGGAGUACGGCGAAAGCGACAUUGACGAUGAAGAAGACGACGAUGACGACGAUGAAGAUGAAGAGGAUGAACCCAACGACUUCGAUCGGCUUGGUGCCGAGCCUGAAGGAGGUACCGAUGACGAAGAUGUUGAAAUGGAAGAUGCGCCUGUGCCUAAACGCCACGCUCCCCCCAAGCCUCCAAAGAUUACAUUGAAGCCACCGACCAGCACGGACAAAUCUGCGAGGCCCAAAUUCAUCAUGACUCCUGCCAAUGUAGGGUCGACAAAAUCCGUCGAGGAUCGGGAAAUGGAAGACGACCCGGAUGAUGAUGAGGCCGACAACUCGUCCGAACUUUCCGAAGAAGACGAGGGACCCACCACCAACCUCAAUAAAGAAGAUGCUGAGGGCGAGGAGGAAGAGGAGGACGCCCCGGGCGAAGAAGGAGAGCUGGAAGACGAAGACGAAGACGAAGAUGAUUUGGAUGACAGCAGCGACGAGACUCCCGCUUCAGGAACUGCCACUCCAGAUUUGAGCAGAAUGACAAAACGACAAAGAGGCCGGCCCGAAGAUCAGGGUGGAUUAAUGGCACUGGAUAUGGCACCCCAACAACGAAAGUUCUUCACCGAUGAAGAGAAAGCAAUGAAGAAGGACGAACAUGCCAGAAAGCGCAAAGAGUUGACAAAGCGGAAAGUGCAGGAAGAGAAGACCGCCGCCUUAAAUCGAUUGCUCAAACCCCAAGUUUCCAAAGCUAGAGGAGCAGCUCCGAAACCUGAGACUUUAGCGGCGGCGGCGGCGGCGGCGGCGGUGGCUGCAGCAGGAUCACCCUAUGACGAAGAUGACACCAUUCAGAAAGCCAAUCCGGUGUAUACCCGCUGGGUCAGUACGAAGGAAGGAGUCAAACUUGGAAUUCCUGAAGAAUGGUUGGGAAAGCAUGUUGGCCGCCAUUUCGGACCACCAUUGUCACCAAGCAGCAAUAUCAUCGUACAAGAGGUCGAGUGA